AUUUCAUCACCAUCACCAUCUAGUCUCGGCUUGAUUUUGCUGCACGUCUUCAAUAUCUUGAUCCAUCGUACUUGAACGCGCCUGUCGCGCAUACAGCAUGAUCUUCUACGAGUCGUUGCCCGUAGAAAUAAUCCUUGAAAUUUUGGCAUACCUCCAGCUCAGUUCGUUGGCCUCGUUUGUGGCCGUAUCUCGGAGCACAAAGCUCUUGGUAGAUGCCAAUGAAUCCACAGUAUUCCGAAAUGCUGCAGUGGUUCACGGCCUGAUAUCCUCAGAUGGUACCCAGCCGGCGGAUCUGCGAGCAAAAUAUACUCCCAGGUCGUUACAGGGCGUGGAUGGUUGGAAGUCCUUCUGCAGGCGUCAGAUCGGUAUCAAGUUUGCGUGGAAAGGGAAAUCGCCAUCAUCUGCGAGAAGACUUGCAUACGCAUCCCUGCACAGGCAGGACGUCCACCGCCUAAAGGUUGACGAGCGGGCCGGAAUCAUCAUGACCACAUACCGCAACGGUGGACUUGCUGUAGCGGAUAUUGCUACCAAUCGUAUACUAUGGUCUUUGCCAUCGUCGCAUGUCGUACCACACGCUCAUUGUGAAUACGACAACGGGUUUCUGAUCUUCAAUCGAGCAGGUCGACGGAAGGAGGUUUGGCGUCUGGUUGAAGGUCAGAACCAGACUAUUAUGCCACCAUCGACUUCGCCCCCGGACCAAACUCAGCUGGCAGCGUCUACUGAGGCUGCGACAGAACAUCACAACUCGUACCCCAAAGGGCAUUUCGUACCUUGGAGCCUCAUCGUAACACCCACCAUCACCUAUGCGUUUCGAUUUGUCUAUCCCACACUGUUCGCCGCCACAGAAACCAACUUUUUCGUAUACGACAUUCCCGGCGGCAAGCUUCUCCAAAGCAUUAUUGUCAACCCUCCGGAUUCCCUUACUCAUUUGCACUAUGUCGACAUAUCAGAACGCCACCUCUUCCUUUGUGGCUGGCCCAAUGUCGUUGUCUUCUCCCGCGAAACGGGUAAAAGUAUUCUCAAAAUCCCCUCCUACCAAUUGAACUAUGCCAAUAAGAUCUAUGCUAUCGCCAAACAGGCCCAUCCCGUUGCCGGGUCCGCAUUGCUUCACCAUGACGUUGUCAGUCGGCCGGCGGAAAGCACGCUUCCACCCCAGGUAGUCCAUAUCGCCGACACCUUCACUGCAGUGCAUGUGUCGGCUUGCGGUCGGCACCUCACGGUCCUCCUCUCCUCUUCCCGCCUGCUCAUUAUACCUUACUUCGAGCGGCUCAUUACAGGAGAAGUAGAGCUCCAAAACAUCACCCUUGACAUCGAGCUAGGGUCAAGGUCACGCAUCUCGAGGUAUCUAGCAUUUGAAAAUGAGCGAGUCGCUGUGGUAACCGACACUGGAUUGUUCGUUGUUCACUGGGACUUGGAGAAGCCUCUAGUUAUUUGCAGAGCUCCGAUUUUUGGAGUGAUGUCCGCACUUCCGGAGGUGACAUGUCUACAAAUGACGGAUACGGGGAUGUAUCUCACAUGGAAGCACCCGAUCACGACCGAGGUCAACGAAGAGGACUUUGAGCGGUUACUGGAUGAGGAGGUCUCGUACACGAUAAGAGAUACGUUCGCUCAGCUUCUCGUUCAGCCUACUGUUGAGCCAAACGAGACCGUCGAAUCACACGACUCUGCCGUAUGUAUGAUCGAUUUCGUUGUACCAUAAGAUUCUACGUGCCAAUCUGGUUUUUUUUUCUUUUAUUUGCAAUCUUUACAUCGACGGUGGUCCCUGAUCGGUGGUUGUACUUACACUUGUCCUACUAUCAGAUGUUCAGAAAUGAAAUUCGGUCAAGUUC